AUGGACUCCCAGUCUGUGGCGUCGACCGCGGUCACCGAGGAUGGAGACGUCCUCCGGCGGUUCCAGGCAGCCCCGCAGGCGCGGGAAGGCCCGCAGUGGCCGGUCAUCGAGGCGCUCUACGCCUCCUCCUCGUCCCACGCGGUGUCCCGUGGCGCCUUCUCGCUGUACGAGGAGCGCACGCACCACCUGGCGGAAGCCAACUUCGCCGAGCUGUCCCAGGCGGCCCUCCAGGACGGCCGCGCCCUGAGUUUGCUGCGGGUGCUGCAAGUCGCAGUGGUCCUGCAGCAGGCGCAGCAGGAGGCGCUCGCGCGCAAGAAGCGCACCGUCAACCAGGUCGUCACGCACGGGCGAGCCAUCAUGGACGGCCUGUCGUCGUACCGCUCCUCCCUCGAGGGCGAGCUCGCCCAGCGCCGCCUCGGUCCCACAGCGGGCCCCGGCGCCCUCGACAACGCCGUAGCGCACCGGCGGUCCGUCGCGUCGCAGGUCAAGUCCCUGAACGAGCAGUACGGGCGCCUGGACCGGACGUACACCAGCACGUCCUCCGGCCCGGACACCGCGAGCGUGCAGUCGAUGCUCCGCGCGUGCAGCGUCCCCGUGUCCUGGGCCGACGUCGCGCAAAUCAACAUGGCCGCGUUGGAGCAAGGCGACCGACGCGCCAUCCGCCACGCCAGGGGGCUGCUGCUGCCAUGCCGCUUCACGGCCAACGACGUGCAGGGGGCGGGCGCGGGCCCCGUGACGCGCGCGGCGCGCGCGCUGCAGAUAUGUCUCCAGUACGAGUCCCUGAAGGCCAGCAUCUUGGCGCGCCGCGUCGAGUCGCUCCGGCGCACCAAGGACGACCAGUACGACAAGAUCACCGACCUGUGGUCCGGCUGCCUGCGCACGGAGGCCGAGAACCGCUCGCUGCGCGGCCGGGACGACAGCGCCGCGAAGCAGCAGCAGCAGCAGCAGCAGCAGCAGCAGCAGCAGCAGCAGCAGCCGCCGCAGCCAGCGCAGCCGAUGCCUGCGCAGCCGCAGCCGCAGCCCGCGCCGGCGCCGGCGCCUGCCCCGCAGUACGCGUACGCGGCGGGCCCGACGAUCAACCUGCGGAUGGAGCGGCUCGGCGGCGACCCGGACCCGCCGGCGCCGGCCCCGGCGCCGGACGGGCGCAACGACGCGCAGCAGCGGGAGCUCCUGGGGCGCGCGCGGGAGCUGAUCGGGGAGAUCCGCGCGGAGGAGGGGCAGGCGGCGGGGCUCGCGGAGCGCAUGGCGGACCUGGAGGCGCUGCUGCGAGGCGUGCGGCCGCGGCCGGUGGUGGAGGUGGACGAGGAGCGCAUCCGGCAGGAGGAGCGGCGGGCGGCGAUGGCGAUGCUGGACGUGGCGGUGGCGCGCGCGCGGGAGGAGGCGUUCCAGGAGGUGAUGUCGCUGCUGAACGAGCGCGUCGGGCGGAAGCUGAUGAAGCGCCUGCGGUCGCGGCAGGGGAACGGGUUCCAGGCGGCGCUGGCGGUCGCGGGGCGCGCGCCGUCGAUGGAGGCGCACAUCAACCCACUGUACAGGGACACGCCUGGGUCCUCCGUGGCGGGCGCGGCGACGGAGCGGGGCUCGGAGGCGACGCGGCCGACGGCGGCGAGGUCGCUGGACUUCCAGGCGGAGCCCGAGGGCCACGUCGCGCCUGCGUAG